CUUUAAGUGCCCGCCAUGCCCGCCCCCGGGCCCGCCGGCCCCGGCCCCGGUCCCGAGCCCCCGCCCCGGCGCUGGCUCGGCAGGGCCCGCGGCGGCCCCGGCCCCCUCCCCCUUCCCUCGGAGGGAGGCGCGCGCGCGGGCUCGAGCCAGCGGUGCUCCCCCGCCCUCCCCUCCAGCCCCCGCCCCAGCGGCGGCACCCGGCCCGGGGCCAGCUGCAGCCGCUGCCGCCCUCCGCCGCCCCGGCCCCGAGCGCCGGCCCCGCCAGUGCCCCCGGCCGCCGUCCGCCCCCGCGCCGGGCCCGGGACAUGCGGCCUCGCCUCGCCCCGCCGCCGCCGCCGCCGCCGAGGAGCCCGAGCCGGGGGAGAUGAGGCUCCGCCAUGGCACCUUCCUGACGCUGCUGCUCGGCUGCCUGUGCGCCUUCCUCUCGCUCUCCUGGUACGCGGCGCUCAGCGGCCAGAAAGAAACUCAUCAUUUAGGUUGGAUGAUAAGUCACAGAGGGAAAGUACAAGACAAGUGCCACAGUGUGUGACUCACCUGGAAGAUGGGAAUAAUGACAGCACCUGUCUCUCAGGUGACUCGGCAGAGGUGUAUCAGCGGGAGUUCUUGGCCCUCCGUGACCGCCUACACGCUGCAGAGCAGGAGAGCCUCAAGCGCUCCAAGGAGCUGAACCUGGUGUUGGAUGAGAUCAAGAGGGCCGUGUCAGAGAAGCAGGCCCUGCGGGACGUGGACGGCAACCGGACCUGGGGCCACCUGUCUGAGGACACCAGGCUGAAGCUGUGGAACGUCACCCACAAGCAUGUGAUGCACCUGCCCACUGUCUUCCACCACCUGCCUCACCUGCUGUCCAAGGAGAGCAGCCUCCAGCCAGCCCUGCACGUGGGCCAGGGCCGCACCGGAGUGUCCAUUGUGAUGGGCAUCCCGAGUGUUCGGCGGGAGGUGCACUCGUACCUGACGGACACGCUGCACUCGCUCAUCUCGGAGCUCAGCGCCCAGGAGAAGGAGGACACAGUCAUUGUGGUGCUGAUUGCCGAGACAGAUACCCAGUACACGAUGGGGGUGACGGAGAACAUCAAGGCCUUGUUCCCCACUGAAAUCCAUUCUGGCCUCCUAGAAGUCAUCUCUCCUUCUCCACACUUUUAUCCUGACUUCUCUCGACUCCGAGAGUCCUUUGGGGACCCCAAGGAAAGAGUCAGGUGGAGAACCAAGCAGAACCUGGACUACUGUUUCUUGAUGAUGUACGCACAGGCCAAGGGCAUGUACUAUGUCCAGCUGGAGGAUGACAUUGUGGCCAAACCCAACUAUCUGAGCACCAUGAAGAAUUUUGCUCUACAGCAACCCUCGGAGGAGUGGAUGAUCCUGGAGUUCUCCCAGCUUGGUUUCAUUGCUCAGGCACUGUUGGUGGUCUCUUUAGGGAAGAUGUUCAAAUCCCUGGAUCUGAGCCUGAUUGUGGAGUUCAUCCUUAUGUUCUACCGGGACAAGCCAAUUGACUGGCUUCUGGACCACAUCCUGUGGGUGAAGGUCUGCAACCCAGAGAAGGAUGCGAAGCACUGCGAUCGACAGAAGGCCAAUCUUCGCAUCCGCUUCAAGCCCUCGCUUUUCCAGCACGUGGGCACCCAUUCCUCUCUGGCUGGGAAGAUCCAGAAACUCAAGCACAAAAAGGGACUGAGACUUUGCCUAUCUACCCUGCGAGACUGCCCAAAGAAUGGCCACCCAGCCCCUGCGGCUGGAUUCAUCAAUCCCACCCACUCCUUCCCCGAUCUUUCAUUUCGCAAGAAGGACAAGGAUUUUGGUAAACACGCCCUGAGGAAGGAGCACAUGAACCCCCCCGCUGAGGUCAGCACCAGCCUCAAGACGUACCAGCAUUUCACCUUGGAGAAGGCCUAUCUGCGGGAAGACUUCUUCUGGGCCUUCACUCCCAUAGCCGGGGACUUCAUCCGCUUCAGAUUCUUCCAGCCUCUGCGCCUAGAGCGGUUUUUCUUCCGGAGCGGGAACAUUGAGCACCCACAGGAUAAGCUGUUCAACACCACGGUGGAGGUGCUGCCCUUUGACAACCCCCAGUCAGACAAGGAGGCCCUGCAGGAGGGCCGAGGGGCCACGCUCAGGUAUCCCCGGACCCCAGACGGCUAUCUCCAGAUCGGUUCCUUCUCCAAGGGCGUGGCUGAGGGCGAGGUGGACCCAGCCUUCGGGCCCCUGGAAGCUGUCCGGCUGUCUAUCCAGACUGACUCCCCAGUGUGGGUCAUCCUGAGCGAGAUUUUCCUAAAGAAGGCUGACUAAGCUCUGGAGGGCAGAGGGAGCAGAACUUUCAGCUGCCAUGUCCCAUCCUGCCCCGGUGCCUCCCCCAUCAUCCUGUGGGGAGCCUGUGCCCUUGCUUCAGAGCCCAGCAGGGCACGAGAUCUGGAGGUGACAGGACCAAAGACAGCCCCGGGGGCAGAGGGAGGAUGGGGGAGGUCUCUUGGGGGCCUCCCUUUCUCCAAAGCCUGUGGUAAAGUGGAACUGAGGUGACACAUGGGGCUGGUGGGGUCAGGGGUCCUGGAGAGGGGGCGAGCCCCGUGGCCCUGAGGCCGUCCAUCAUUCUGCCCAUCAGCCUGAUGUGGGCGGGCCCCACAGGGGUCUCCAGUCCUAGGGAGCUGGUGCUAUCUCCUGGGCUGGGCCGGGCCUGGCUGGGCCAGACGGGUGGGGCCCUGGGACAGUUGAGGAUACCUGCCCUUCAUCCCUUCCUCACAAUGGGGCCAAGGAGCUGGGGAUCACCCCGAUCCCGUGGGGCGUGAUGAGGGGCAGGGAUUCCAGGGGACAGGCCUUUCCUGAGGGGCCGCCCAGCCCUGGUCCCUGGGGCGGGAUCGGGGGCCUCCCCGGGCUUAGGCGGCCGUACACUGGAAUGCAUUAUACUACUCUAAUGUGCUGUGUUUUUUAUUAUUGGAUACAUUUGAUUUUUUCACGUAUGUCGAUAUAUAAUUAUAUAAAACGUGAAUUGUAAUAAAAGUUUAAUUCUGUUUCAAA